AUUUCAGAUUAGUUUUCAUCAUUGUCAGCUUCACAGAGGAAGAAACAACACUAUAACUGAAAACAAUACAAAGAACAAAUUAUGGAUAAAAAUCCUUCUACAAGUGCUAAAACAACGAAAAAAUCCUUUAGCGUCGAGAGUAUACUGGGAACCAAUGAUACUUCAAAGGAUUCAUUAUUCAACUCAUUAAAAAAGCUCGAAGAAUCAUCAGCUAUUUGCCAUGGAUUACAGAGUCCUUUGUCUUGCUCUAGUAGGUCAGAUUUCCGUGGUUCCAGCGGUGGUUCCUCUGACGGACAUUCAGAAUCCAGUCCAGACAAAAUGGACGAUUCAGCAGACAACUAUCAAUCUGAUUACGAAAAUGAAGAAAUGCGAAUAAAUGCAGAUUUCGAUAAAAGUUCUUCUGACAAAGACGACGAUCGGAGCUUCAAUUCAAAGCCCAGAAAAAUCAGACGGAGCAGGACUACCUUUACAACAUAUCAGCUACAUCAACUAGAAAGAGCGUUUGAGAAGACACAAUACCCAGAUGUGUUUACAAGAGAAGAAUUAGCAAUGAGACUUGACCUUAGUGAAGCUAGAGUACAGGUCUGGUUUCAAAAUAGAAGAGCAAAAUGGAGAAAAAGGGAAAAGGCACUUGGAAGAGAAAGUCCAAAUUUUCUACAAGGAGAAACUAACUCUUACGCCGAUCUUCCGAGUGGACAACUUGGUCUUGCUUAUCCAACAUCUCCGGAACUUUUCUGGUCUAAUCGUAUGACUCAUCUUACAGGUGUCAACCCAAUGAUGGCAAUUCAUCAAGGCAAUCUUAACCUUGCCGCCUAUUAUAUGCAGGGUAAAAUUCCAUUCGGAGGUCUGUUUGCACAUCACGCAAUGAAUUCAAAUGCUUUUGGUGUUCCCGGUAUUUUCCUUGGAGGAGGAGCCCAACGGUUACCAUCAUCAACCUCAACUUCUCGACUUCCGUUUGAAACAGAAUCGUUAGACAUGCGCAGAUCAAGCAUCGAUAAACUACGUAUGAAAGCUAAAGAACAUUCCGCAAACAUAGACAAUGUAUCACCGCCACCAAUAAAACGGGAAACCAAGUCAUGAAUCAUCUUUCCUUGUAAUAGCAACAGUGACAUGGUACUUACAGCAGCAAGAUGUCUAUAAUUGUUUUUAACAUUUUUUUAUUGGAAUUUUUGCGAAGUAGCAUUUCAUUUAGUAUUCUAAAGAAUACAAAUAUUGCAUUGAACAAUAAUUGCCCGUAACAUAGAAUGAGACGAUUUAAGAUGUGUUAAUUAUUAGUUCCAUUUGUCAGUGUUGUUUUCUUCAUUAAAUAGGACUGAAAAGUCCUCUCCAUUCACAGACUAGUGCAUAGGUUUUUUUUUAUCAUAUCAUGUGCACGUAAAAAUGACGUGCAAUUGUAAUUUGUUAUUGUUAUUUAUUUGAAAGUACAAUUGUUUUACUUAAAACUAUUCAUUUUCUUUGAAAUAUUUUGUUUUACUGAAUAGAAGAAGUUAAAAAUGUUUUAUUAUCAAAUGUUUACCGACAAUCCUUUACACGUUCACAAAUAUAUCAUUUUUUGUGCAUAUUUUGAAUUAAAAAUCAUAUCAUAAGUUGUUAACAUUUUGUUAUUGUAUUAUUCUGAAUAAACAUGUCGUA